AUGCAUCGCUUAAUAAAUUCUUUUAGUGAGAAAGAUAUUCAGGGUCCAGCGAAUGGUACAUUAAAAGAUAUUCAUGCAUAUGCAAAAGAAAAUACUGAUCAUGCCAAUAGUUUUCAUACUCAACAAAUCUUACAAUGUGAAGCUAAAACUUGGCAAGAAACAUUAUAUAAAUUUUAUUUUCGUACUAAUCGUCUCUAUAAACAAAUAAAUUAUUAUGGUUGGCGUUUUGCUGAAUUACAUAUUUUUAAAUUAGUUCUACUUAUAAUGGUUCUUAUAUCUACACUUAAAGUAUGUGGAUUUAAUACAAUAUUAAUUAUUUUAGUAACAAUUGGUUUAACAUUCUUUCAUCUUCGAAAAUUAAUAAAUUUAUUAACAUUAAGUGCUACGGGUCUUUAUAUUCUUUUAUCAAUGUGUUAUCAAUUCGAAAUAGUCAAACAACAUAUAAUUGAAAAAAAUUUUUUUAUUAAAAAUUCUUCUCAUAUUGAUUCAAAUAUGAGUUUAAUACCAAAUGAUACGGCUAAAUGGUUUGGUCUUGAAUCCACACCAAAUAUUGAUCGAUUUAUUGGUCUUUAUAUAUUAUUAACAAUUUGUUUAACAUUUGAUGCAAUAGAACGAUAUCGAAAAAAACAUCGUCGUUUAUUAUUAUCAGUUCGUUUUAAUGUUCAUCUUGUUGAAAAUCGUUUUCCAAUUUUAUUUCAACCAUUUGCAUUAAAAACUAUAAAUGAUGAUAAUACAUAUGAAUUUGAUAUCGUUAAUUAUCAACAAGCUGAUCAAGGAAUUUAUGAUUUUUUGAAAUAUUUAGCAAAUUUGAUUUUUUAUAGAUUUGGUUUAGAGAUAUGUUAUAUAACAACAGUUAUUGUUGUUGGUAUUCGUCUAGAUAUGAUAGCUGUACUUUAUUCUAUGUGGUUAGGAUUAUUUUUAAUAUCUAGUAGAUGUAUUGAACAGAAUGAACUUCGAUUUUAUAUAAAAUUUAUUGAUAAUGAAGAAAACUUCUCAGUUAUAGGAAAAAAGAUCAUUUUACAAUUAUAUGACCCCAUAAAAAAUAUUCAAUUUGAUACUGUUGAAAUGCAUCUUAUUGAAAUAUGUUUUAUUGAAAUAAUUCAUAAUUGGUUAUGUCGUCAAGAUGUAUUUGACACGAAUAGUAAUAAUAAUAUAAUAUCAACAAAGAAAAAACCAUUAAUUAAUGAAGAAAAUUCUUGGCAACAUAUUUUAACAAAAUUUGUUUGUGAAACAAAUGAAGAAAGUCCAUUUGAUUGUUCAAAUUUAAUUAUUCGACAAGAACAACAAUCAUCGGAAAUCUAUAUAAAUUCAAUAAAAAAAUUUUAUCAUAUUGGCCAUAUGAAGAUGAUGAUAAUAGUCAAUGGAUAUAUGAUGAAUAUUUAUCAACAAUGUAUUGUUGCUGGUGAUAUACAAGGACAACAAUAUGGAUGGGCUGAUUUACAAAUUAUUGAUGAUCAACAAUAA